CAUUUUUGGGUCUCACCAUUUCUCUCCUCAAAAAACCCUGUUCAAAACCCCAAACCCCCACUCUCUGCAAUCCUAAAACCCUAAUAGCUUCCGGAGAAAAAGUGAUCAUGUGUGCAUUAGCUCGAUCUAGCUCGCGUCUGCUCUCAAUUGUCUCGAGGAAUAAUCGUAGAUUUUCCUCGGCCGUCAGCUCAGAACCACCGAAAGAAGCAAUCAUAUCCUCCUCUAUUCUCGGUGAUCAGCCUCCGCCACCGCCAACGGGUCCGCCGCCUCCGCCGCCGGCUUCAGAGGUAGAUAAAAGUUCAUGGAACUUUCUCAAGUACGGUCUCAUUGCUGCCAUCACAGGUGGUGCUGCUACUGCAGGCUACGCUACCUACGCAUACUCAUUGGAUGAAGUUAAUGAGAAAACUAAGGCUCUUCGCGCAUCUGCAAAUUUCAAUGUUGGCGAUGAUAGAUCAUCUUUUGAUGUGCGUCAGACAACACCCUUCUUCUUUGCUUUUGUGUAUAUGUUCGUUCUCAAAUUUCUUACGUCUUUGAUAAAGAAAUUUAGUGCUUAUCUACGUGCAGCUGCAAUGACAGUGCCUGCUAAAUUGGUUGAAGCAUACCUUGAUUUAAGGAGGUUAGCGGAAGAGCAAGUUAAGGGUUUUACUGAACCCACAUCAGAGAAGCUCCUUCCAGAUUUGCACCCUAUGGAGCAGCAUGUUUUCACCCUUGUUCUUGAUCUAAAUGAAACAUUGAUAUAUUCUGAUUGGAAGCGCGACAGAGGGUGGAGAACGUUCAAAAGACCCGGUGUAGAUGCUUUCCUCGAGCAUUUAGCUCAAUUUUAUGAGAUUGUAGUAUACUCUGACCAACUAAGUAUGUAUGUUGAUCCUGUUGUCGAAAGAUUGGAUCCAAAGCAUUGUAUCCGCUAUAGGCUUUCUAGGGGGGCUACAAGAUAUAUAGAUGGCAAGCACUACAGGGAUCUAUCAAUGCUGAACAGAGAUCCCGCAAAGGUGCUAUACAUUAGUGGCCAUGCUCUAGAAAGUAGUCUUCAGUCCGAGAAUGGUGUUCCAAUAAAAGCAUGGCAAGGGGAAGCAGAUGACACUGCACUUCUCGAUCUUAUUCCAUUCUUGGAAUAUGUUGCCAAACACCGGCCAUCUGAUAUCCGAACUGUUCUAGCUUCUUAUCAAGGCCGUGAUAUAGCAAAAGAGUUCAUUGAACGGUCAAAAGAGCAUCAGAGGAGAAUGCUGGAGCAAAAGCAACAAGGCCGUCUCUGGAGACGUUAGGAAUAUCAAGUGUGCAAGUUUUUUUGAAUGACGAGCAGUCAUUUUCAAUUCUCUAUGUUUUCCAUCAGUAAUGAAGUAUUUUUUCCUUUAAUUAGCCAUGUUCCUCGGAUAACUUGCAGCUGGAUGAGAUGAGUAUUAAUUUUUGGCAGUCAGAGUGAGUGAGAGCAAAAUGAUUGCUCCGUUAUUCGGUGAACUGAGUUUUCGUGGGGAAUUUUUGUAAUUUGGUAGAUGGUUGUUUAUUUUUUAUUUUUUUUUUUCAGAAAUUAAGCUUUGUUAACAAGGUUUCAAAGUUGUAGACAAUUAUCUGUAGUUUUGACUUCUUUGUUAAUAAUUCUCUAGAUUUGUUAAGGUAAUU